CCCGAGGCUCCGUCCACCCAUGAGCGAAAACAAGCGGCCGGCGGCACCGAUGUCGUCCGCUGCGGCCCCUGCUAAGGAACCCAACGCCAUGGGCCCCAAGGCGGUGGAACUCGUCCUGGUCAAGGAGCAAAAUGGGGUGCAGCUCACGAACUCCACCCUCGCCAACCCCACGCAGACGCCCCUGGGCACCCAGGAGCGGGAGACCUGGAGCAAGAAAAUCGACUUCCUCCUGUCCGUGAUCGGCUUCGCGGUGGACCUGGCCAACGUCUGGCGGUUCCCCUACCUGUGCUACAAAAACGGCGGCGGUGCCUUCCUGGUCCCCUAUCUGCUCUUCAUGGUCAUUGCCGGAAUGCCCCUUUUCUACAUGGAGCUGGCCCUGGGGCAGUUCAACAGGGAGGGGGCUGCUGGCGUCUGGAAGAUCUGCCCCGUCCUGAAAGGCGUGGGCUUCACCGUCAUCCUCAUCUCGCUGUACGUUGGCUUCUUCUACAACGUCAUCAUCGCCUGGGCGCUGCACUACUUCUUCUCGUCCUUCUCCGUGGACCUGCCGUGGGUCCACUGUAACAACACGUGGAACAGCCCCAACUGCUCGGACGCCCACGCCGGCAACUCCAGCUCCGGCCCCAACGACACCUUCAGGACCACGCCUGCCACCGAGUAUUUCGAGCGCGGCGUGCUGCACCUCCACGAGAGCCGUGGCAUCGAUGACCUGGGUCCCCCCCGGUGGCAGCUCACGUCCUGCCUGGUGCUGGUCAUCAUCCUGCUCUACUUCAGCUUGUGGAAGGGAGUGAAGACUUCUGGGAAGGUUGUGUGGGUCACGGCCACCAUGCCAUACGUGGUCCUCUUCGCCCUGCUUCUGCGAGGAAUCACUCUCCCUGGGGCCAUCGAUGGCAUCAGAGCGUACCUGAGCGUAGACUUCCGUCGGCUCUGCGAGUCUUCUGUGUGGAUAGACGCCGCCACCCAGGUGUGCUUCUCGCUGGGCGUUGGGUUCGGGGUGCUCAUCGCCUUCUCCAGCUACAAUAAAUUCACCAACAACUGCUACCGAGACGCGGUCAUCACCACGUCUGUCAACUCCCUGACGAGCUUCUCCUCCGGCUUCGUGGUCUUCUCCUUCCUGGGGUACAUGGCCCAGAAGCACAGCGUGCCCGUCGGAGACGUGGCCAAGGACGGGCCCGGGCUGAUCUUCAUCAUCUACCCAGAGGCGCUGGCCACGCUCCCGCUGUCCUCGGCCUGGGCCGUCAUUUUCUUCAUCAUGCUGCUCACCCUGGGGAUCGACAGCGCCAUGGGCGGAAUGGAGUCGGUGAUCACCGGGCUGGUCGACGAGUUCCAGCUGCUGCGCCGGCACCGGGAGCUCUUCACCCUCUUCGUCGUCCUGGCCACCUUCCUCCUCUCGCUCUUCUGCGUCACCAACGGCGGCAUCUAUGUCUUCACGCUGCUGGACCACUUUGCGGCCGGCACGUCCAUCCUCUUCGGAGUGCUCGUCGAGGCCAUCGGGGUGGCCUGGUUCUACGGCGUGAGGCAGUUCAGCGAGGACAUCAAGCAGAUGACCGGGCAGCGGCCCAGCCUGUACUGGAGGCUGUGCUGGAAGUUUGUCAGCCCCUGCUUCCUCCUGUUUGUGGUCGUGGUGAGCAUCGUGACCUUCAGGCCCCCGCACUACGGAGCCUACGUCUUCCCCGAGUGGGCCAACGCGCUGGGCUGGGCCAUCGCCACGUCCUCCAUGUCCAUGGUGCCCAUCUACGCCGCCUACAAGUUCUGCAGCCUGCCCGGCUCCCUGCGGGAGAAACUGGCCUACGCCAUCACCCCGGAGCAGGAGCGGGAGCUGGUGGACAGCGGGGAGGUGCGUCAGUUCAGGCUUCGCCACUGGCUCCUGGUGUAGCCGGCGGGCAGGGGGCCCGGACGGCCGCCGCAGCGCAGGAGAGACGCCCGCAGAGAAGAGACCCUGAGCUGAGAGGGAACGGCGGGGCCGCCGGCUGCGGGACUCCUGUCUCCGAGAACCACACGGAGCCUCUGCCUCCCGGCUCCGUGCGCCCUUCCUUUGCCACCAGGAGAGGACUGGCCGUCGUGCUUGUCUCUGUGACCACGUAACAUAGAUCCGUGCCCCUUCCUGCAGGUAGACGCCAUCCGUCCGUCCGUGUUCUGUUUGUGCCGAGCCCACCGCCUCCCCCGCCGGCUGCCCCUGAGUGCGGGUCUUCUGUCACCCGCGUGCUGAGAAGACAAGUGGUGAUCGCGGCAGCGGACAGCCCAGGGCUCGUGACUUCCUGGGUAUUUUAUUUUGCUCCAACUAGAAGAGCCACAUGUCUUAUGUUGCCUAAUUGUGUAGAAGGUGCCCUGGGGAAACCACAAAAGGCAAUAAAGUGGGGCCACCACGUGUCCCCACACCAUGCGCCUCGUGUGCGCAGAACCUGCCCAGGGUCCCAGUGUAUGUGACGGGGACGCUCUGUACUUCCUUCUAACGGACAGAAACACAACGGGAACCUGCGCACGCUGCCGCCAGCCCUGCCCAUCGUGGGCCGCGCACAGUCACGGCCACCUCGCUGCAGAUCCCCGGCCCCAGGAGGCAGGGGUGUGUGCCCCUCACCCCCAGGCCCUGACCCUGCCGGGUGCCCGCGGUGGGUGGCCUGGGGUCCCGGGACCUGGGGAGGAAGCCGCCGCUGGGGCUUCCGUUCCUCGGUUCGCGUUCCCCCCGCAGCAGCACCAUCCGUGUUGGGGAACGGCCGUCUCACGUCGUGUCUACCUGUGAACCGAGACCCAUCCUCAGGAGGCAGGGCUGGCUCUGAAGACCCGUCUGUGACGUCCCAGUUGCCAUUUGUGCGCACGGUGGCAGCACCACAAACCGACGGCAGCCACGCUGCUCCUGCAUGCUGGCGUCGCCCUGAAGGGGACCUGGCCGCCAGAACCCGGAGGCCACAUGCAGCCUGUGCCCCGGGCCCCAAGAGGUCAUGCUGUGGGCCCCCGUGUGGCCAUCGCCUGCGAGGGGUCCUUGGUGCCCAGGGCUGAGGAGCUGGCCGCUCGUGGACGGCACGUGGACAGCGGGGGCCGGCACCCUGAGUGCUCUGUGUAGAUAGCGGUGUCGUCAGCGUCUGUCUGUCCAUUUGUCUAUAUCCGUGGCCGGCACCUCACGUGAGUCGUCCGCAACAAUAAAUCCAUGUGGGAAA